CUGCUCCUCUUGGUAGACGACUAGACGUUCUUAUUCGAGAACUCCAGUCGUCGGUGCUGAGAUUCAAUUCCGAAAUAAGCUGGUAGAUAAAUUAGCUUAAGCGAUCAAUCGAAGAAUCUAAGAAGAUGCACUUGAGCGAGAACGAAGGGAUAGAAGGCAAAGUGUUCGUAGUCACCGGCGGUUUGGGCUUCGUGGGUUCCGCCCUCUGUCUCGACCUCGUUCGUAGAGGAGCUCGCCAAGUUCGCGCCUUUGAUCUCCGAACCAAUUCUCCAUGGUCUGAUUCUCUCAGCUCCAGAGGUGUCAAAUGCAUCCAAGGAGACAUUACCAAUCAGAAGGAUGUGGGGAAGGUCCUUCGUGGUGCAGAUUGUGUCUUCCAUUUAGCUUCCUGCGGCAUGUCUGGCAAAGAAAUGCUUCAGUUUGGUCGUGUGGAUGAGGUUAACAUCAAUGGAACCUGCCAUGUCUUGGAAUCUUGCGUUGACCAAGGAGUGAAUAGGCUUGUUUAUGUCAGUACUUACAAUGUGGUUUUUGGGGGAAAAGAGAUAGUGAAUGGGAACGAGGCUUUGCCUUACUUCCCUCUUGAUGAUCAUGUUGAUACAUAUAGCCGCUCCAAGUCAAUUGCUGAGCAGUUAGUGCUGAAGUAUAAUGGUCGGUCCUUCAAGAAGAUCAAUAGUGGGCAGCUUUAUACUUGUGCUAUUCGUCCAGCAGCAAUCUAUGGACCUGGAGAAGAGAGGCACCUUCCCAGGAUAAUGUCCCUUGCUAAGUUGGGUCUCAUGCCUUUCAGAAUUGGUGAUCCGAAUGUGAAAACAGAUUGGGUGUAUUGUGAUAACCUUGUCCUUGCACUUAUCCAGUCCAGCAUGGGACUUCUAGAUGACAUUCCAGGCAGAAAAGGACGCCCAGUCGCCUCUGGCCAAGCUUACUUCAUAUGUGAUGGUUCUCCAGUCAACAGUUUUGAAUUCCUUCAACCUCUUCUAAAAAGUGUAGGUUAUGACAUACCGAAGGCCUCUUUGCCUGUCUCUCAGGCUCUUACUAUAGGCAAGGUUUUGGCAGCUGUCUAUACAAUCUUUUACCCAUGGUUGAAGCAUUGGUGGCUUCCUCAACCAUUGAUCCUUCCUGCUGAAGUUUACAAGGUUGGAGUGACACACUACUUCUCGUACCUGAAGGCCAAGGAAGAACUCGGGUAUGUCCCUCUGGUGACCCCCCGGGAAGGGAUGGCUGCAACGAUUUCGUAUUGGCAAAAGAAGAAAAGGGAAAUGUUGGAUGGACCGACGAUAUAUGCAUGGCUGUAUUGUGUGAUUGGAUUGGGUAUGGUCUUGUGUGCUGCUUUUCUGCCGGAUGUCGGACCUGUGUCCCUGAUGAAAGCUAUUUGUCUCUUGUACAUGAGGUCCAUGUUCGUGAUUAGGCUGGUAGCUGUGUUAGCUACAGCUGCACAUCUGUUCGAGGCUAUGUAUGCAUGGAAGCUGGCGAAGAAAGUAGAUCCUGCCAAUGCCAAGGGAUGGUUUUGGCAGACUUUCGCUCUCGGGUUCUUCUCAUUGCGUUUCCUACUGAAAAGAGCCCAGAACUAGUGUGUUUUUUCCUGGCAAAUGUAAUAAGAUGAAAGUGUUGGAAAAAAUUCUGCUUGUGUAAUGAUAUGAAGUUCCGUUGUGAAAGAAAUCGGUUUAAAAGGA